AUGGGAAGCGAGGGAUUGUUGCGCAGUCCAGAAUUACGCCAAUAUCUGGUGGAGACUAGCUUAUACCCACGGGAGCCACAGGUUCUCAAGGACUUGAGGGCUGUCACUGCAACUCAUCCAAUGGGGAUCAUGGGAACCGACGCUGAUGCGGGUCAGAUGCUGUCUUUGCUGUUGGAGAUAAUCAACGCCAAGAAGACCAUUGAAAUUGGGGUGUUUACUUUACACUGCCUGCUCCUCAAUGCUCUUACUAUACCCCAGGAUGGCAAGAUCAUGGCCAUCGACCCGGAUCAGGAGGCACAUGACAUCGGAUUACCAUUUAUUAAAAAGGCUGGAGUUGAACACAAAAUCAAUUUCAUCAACUCUGUGGCUCAUCCCGUGCUGGAUAAUCUCCUGGAAGAUUCUAAUGAACAUGACAGCUUUGAUUUCGCCUACGUUGACGCGGAUAAAGCGAAUUAUGCAAAGUAUCAUGAGAAGCUAUUGAAAUUGGUGAAGGUUGGUGGAAUAAUUGUGUACGAUAACACUCUGUGGAUGGGAACGGUGGCUGAAGCAGAAGACUCGGUUCCCGAGACACUGAGAGAAUCCAGGCUUUACAUAAAGGAGCUUAACAAAUCACUUGCUGCUGAUCCUCGGGUUCAAAUCUGCCACCUUCCUUCACGAUUUAAAAGUGGCCUAGAAUAA